UAUUUAUCUUGCGCUUGAAAUUGUUGACUUUGUUUUGCGUGCUACAUGAACUAAUGCCUACAUAGGUACCUACGCCUCUAUUCAUAAAUUGGAAUUCAACUAGAAUUAAUAGUAAUUUUUCUAUCCAUAAACAUGUUCAUGAAAAACGUUGCAUCAUGUAUGCUAAUUAUCAUUGCAACUUGUGUAGUUGGUGGUGAAAGUAUUUUAUGCGAUACUUGCACGUGUAAAAAUUCCAUAAUAAAUUGCACAGAAAAUGGAUUGAUAGACAUUCUAGACCUAUGGGACCAUACAGAGGUUGUAAAGGAUGCAACCCUCAUGCAUUUUGAUCAUAAUGGCAUUGUACACGUGAAACAGUUGCCACCGUCUAAAGUUAGAUACUUAUCACUUCGACAAAAUAAGAUAAACAAAAUAGAUGAAAUGGCAUUUAUAAACUUAAAGUUACUAUUGGAACUCGACUUGAGCUACAAUUCUUUGACGGCGGAAAGUCUAAAUCCCGAUAUUUUCAAGAUUAAUAUCGAAGAUACUUCUAGACCAGGUAGCCUGAUUCAUUUACGCCUUGAUUACAACAAUAUCCAUUCGCUGUUGCCACAUACUUUCAAAGAACUCAGUAACCUUGUUUCACUGACACUAGCAGGAAAUCCUUUAACAGUCAUUGAUCGACCAACUAGUUUCGCACUGUCUUCAUUGCCCAUGUUAAAAGUCUUAAAUUUGUCUAAUACAUCAUUACACGAGUUGCCAAAUCAUCUUUUACACACACCUCGAUUUUUAGAAAUAUUAAAUCUGUCAAAUAACGAAUUCACACAAAUUCCACAAGGGCUGGACGAAGCACACGCGUUACAGAGAUUAGAUUUUAGUUCUAAUCCGAUAAAAAGCAUUUUGGGUUUCCCAAAAAUGGCAUCGUUAAAAGUACUCCAUUUAUCUCACAUGCCAGAACUAAACAUUAUCGGACCACGUGCUUUAAGUCUUCUUAAUGUUCUUGAGGAAUUUCAUUGCACGCAUAAUAAUAAACUCAAAUCAAUAGACCCGACUGCGUUUAGCUACAAAUUGAAUGACGGAUCAGAAGGUGAAUUGUGGCCUCGCAUUGUCAAAUUAGAUUUGAGUUACAACGCUUUAGGAUACUUGGAUAGCCGCUUGUUGAAUAGGUGGGACACGUUAGAAGAAUUGAACUUACAAGGCAACAAGUGGAUAUGUGAUUGUGUAAAUCAAUGGCUCGUGUCUACUUUAGCUCCAAUGGCAGAAUCAAGACAUCCGGAAUUCCUUAAUGAUUUCACUUGUCAAGAGCCAAUUGAAAUGAGUGGAAUUUCGAUUCUUGAUUUAGAUCAUCGCCAUUACCAUAUGCGGUGUUUGGAUUUCUACAAUAACCGUCCCGAAAGAGACGGUAUAUUGUUAAUAGGAAUACUGAUUGGCGUUAUAUUGACAGUACCAUUUACAAUGGGAAUUAUGAUGUGCUGUGCAAAACGGAAAAAUUCACUUUCAUACUAUCAUAGGAUAUUUAAUCAAAAUAAACCGUAUGCACAUGACUAUCAACUAAGGGAAACAUCAAUAUACCAGCCAACUUCAAUAAUCACCGAUGGAUAUUAACUUGUAAACUUGUAAACUUGUACUUACUUAUUAGUUUAUUUUUAAAAGUUUUUAUCAUAUUUUCUAAAAUAAUUAAUUUACAACGACGUAUUGGAUAAAGGUUUAUGGCGUAAACAGUGCUGGAUAAACGGGGCAGGGAAAAUAGGGCAGUGCCUCGGCGUAAAAUGUGUAUAGGGGUGGCCAAUUUUGAAGGUGAAAAUAAAAGUUUUCUAAUGUAUAAUAAUUUUUAAGAUGAAUUAUUAAUUAUUGAAAAAAAUGGAUAGUAAAUAAUGAUAGUAAUAUAAAUUAUAAUAUUAUUAUGCUAUACCGCGCCUGUCGUAAAGAUAUCACGUCAGUGAGCCAUAUAUAGGCGCAAAUAGUGUUUGAAAUUUGGGGGGGGGCUGAAGUUCAGGUCUUUACUGGAUAUUCCAAUGUAUUAUGUAGUGAAGUCAUUAGUUUUUUGGAGGGCUAAGCCUUCCAGCCCCCCCUUAUUUGUGUGUGAAGUUACAACUUAUGAGUGAGCGUAGGUAUUUUUGGAAAGACCAUAAAUCAUAUUUAUCAUAAUAUUAUACAGCGCUCGGAGCCUCGGACUGACGAAUUUAUAUUUGCGUUCAUAUUAUUUUUUAGUAUACAUUUAAUAUUAACAGUAUUAUACAGUUUAUGUACUAUUUUACAGUACCUACACUGAUAUAAUGGUAUUUGUUCUAUUAAAAAUAUUUAUAAGAUCAGAAUAUCAGAUUAUUAAAUUUGAUAAAAGAUAGUUUCAAUUUAUUUUGUACACCAAACAAUUGUUUUCUUUACACUAUCGUCUCUCGUCAUGUAAAUAUAAUCAAGUAGAUUUAUAGUUUUGUUUUAAAUAAUUGUGUAUGUAUUAUUAUAAUAGUUAAUAUUUUAUAAUAUUAUUAAUAUAAGGUAUUUUUUUAUGAUAGGUACAAUCGUUGUAAGGGUAUAACUGUAUGAGUAUUCGUUAACAAGGCAAUGGGUAUAAGACUUACUAUAAUAAAAAUCACGUUGGGUUCUAUCAAUGCGUUCAAUGGAUAGGAUUCCUUCAUUGCAGUGUGUUUUUUAUCUAAUAUAUUAUGUUAUUUAUUAUUAUUAUGUUUAUAAAAAUGCUAUAAAAUAUUAAAUAAUGCUGGUGUUUGAAAUAUAGAUUGUAAGUGUUUCCAAUA